AAGAUUUAAGUAUCAUUUCAAAAUAAGAAGCAUAAAAUUUAAAUUAAUUAUUUUAUGAAUUAACGCACGAGUUAAUUUAUAAAAUAAUAAAAAAUUGCUAUAAAACUUCGAUUUCAAGUAUCGUUAUUAUGCAAACAAAAUAUAAAAUAAGAAAAUUGGAUUCAUUGAUUGCUAUUAGAAAAAAAAUUGCCAUAAAGAAAAAUUGUCAUCUGCAAUUACUAUUAUAAUGACUUACAAUUUGAUGACAAUAUACUCGAACGUAGUACAUACUAGAAUUUCUAGUUGCACACGAUGAAAUACAGACGAAGAGUGGGAUUGCCGACAAUUUUGUGCCUCGUUUUACACACUCUCGACAAUUCGUCAUGACGAUUAAUCACAGAUAGAUAAUAACGCUGGAUCUCAUUUCAUCGAUUCAUUUUAGUUUUCAUUGAUUGAGACUUCAUAUAGUGAGUUGUUGUGGUACACUAAAAGUACUGAUUAAUUCGUACUAACAAUAAGUGUAAGCAUCUUUUUAAAUCUUUCUUUAGUUUCAUUUUAAUUUAUGACGUAUUGAAGAUUUCCUUCUUUAAUCGUGUGUGUCAGCCGCGUCCUUCGUGAAACUCGUUGUACGUCACAAAGCUGUGACGCGAGUUGUGAAACGAUGUGAAACGAAGCGACAUGAUGUUAAUAUUUCCCGUAUCGUUUACGAAUUCCUGUGAUGCGUCGUGGCAUAUUUAGUAUUUCUUUUAUGUGGCAUACUUCUUACGGGGAACGUGAAACACGUAGGAACGAAUUUAUCCGUGUUAUAAUUCCAAUACUAAUUAUGAUUCUCUGGAAACUCGUGGCAUUACCGGUCUGACUCUACGGUAGAAUAAUUAUGAAAUUAGCAUUUAUUUUACAAAUGUUUUCAUGAUUAUAAAUUUUACGUAUCGCGUGUGUAUAUGGUGCAGUGGAUGGUAUGCUAGUAAUUGUUAAUCAGAAGCACAGACAAAGUGACUGCGGCCAACAGAAACGAUGAUUUGUGCGAGUUCAUGGGUAUGGUGACAUUGGUGCAGCAGCAUGAACAAACAUCAGAUGAAAAUCAAUAUCUAAAAAAUCAGAAUCAAAUAAAUAACGCCUCUAUUGAAAAUCGUGAUAACAACUGUCGUGGUGAGAUAGUGCAUUCUUCCAUUGGCACUGCAGUCAGUGGUGUCAGAAAUGGCAGCCUUGCCGGUUCCUCUACGCAGUGCAGUAACAUAGAAGAUGACAGUGAAGAUGACGAAACGGAUAUUGAUGAAGGAGAUUGGGUACCAGAUUUACCUGUACCAACGGUGUUUCAACACCAAGAAGUAAUUACCACGGAUGGCAAUGUGGUGCUUCCAAAUGCAGAUGUCUCGAAUUUCGGUGAUGUGCGCGUAAAAAAUUCAACUAACGUGCAUCUUGGUAACAAGACCUUUUAUAAGGGUCCAGUAACAAUAAAGCAGUUUGUUUACACAAAUCCGACCUCGAUACAAGAAUCUGAUACGGUGAAGAGCGAUAAUGUCCAAACAUCGAAUGGAACGUUUGAUUUGUCAACUGCUAAAGAAAAUUCGUCUGCGAACAACUCGAUCUUAUCACAACGUCCUCAUCUUGAUAACGGUAAUUUUUUUAGUGUAUGUAUCUUCAGUAGAUAUUGUUUAUUUAGGUUUUUGUAAAUAUUCUUUUGAAGAUUCAUAUUGUAAUGGAGAUAAAAUCCAUUAGGAAUCCGUUAGGUUUGGAUUAGUUUUGAUUAGAUAUUGAAAUUAAAAGGAAAGUUCGUCUAUGUAAUCUUUCUUGUUUCUCAGGAAUUGAAUUGAUUUUGAGUACACUGAUACUGUAGUUAUUUUCGUAUUCUGAAAAUUAUUUACAUAUACAGUUAAUUAUUUUAAAUAAUUUUAUUUUAGAUACAACUAAAUAGCAUAAAGGUAUUAUUUAUAUGUUUUAAUCUAUGCUAAUAAUAAGUAUUUUUUAAAUACACUAUCUACAAAUUUUGAUCUUUGAUUUAACUUACAUACAAAUAAAGUUGUUUCUAUCAUAAAUUCAUAGAGUUUGUCGUCAAUAAUUUGCCGUUCAAUUCUGACGUUGCGCAGUUAUUAAAUAAAAAUGAUAAAAACAACAGGAAAUAAUGAUAUUUUAGAAUCUGUGUGACGAAUUGUGUUGAUAAAAUAUGUUGGUUCCAAGAAUUAGCGGAGAUAGAUUUGAACGAUCUUGGCGGCGGCAUUUUUCUGUACUCAUUUGUCAGUUUCAAACUAGUUGCAGUUGAGUUUCGAUAAUUUAGUGUUCCUUUCAUUAUUAAUAAAAUGAUUAAGAAACCAAACUUUUAUAUUUGCUUUUAUGCCAGAGUAAAUGUAAUAAAACGGUUAUGGACCUGGCAGUGUGCAGCGUUUUUAUGUAUAUUAGCUUUAGUUCUUUUGGUAACUGUUGGUGUCAUUGCCAAUGUAUAUCUUAUACGCAAUUCUACUAUUCCAUCAACUACUUCAAUUUUUCCGCAAAUUCCAGAUUCUGGAUUGGGAGACAAAGUAAAAAAUAUUAGUUUCAUUGAACGAAAUCAAUGGGGUGCUCAACCACCUACCGCAGAUUUAAUAAAGAUGAAUCUUCCAGUACCGUAUGUGAUUAUUAGUCAUACGGCAACUAACUUUUGUAACACACAACCAGAAUGUAUAUUAUGCGUUCGAAAUGUACAGACAUUUCACAUAGAAUCUAGAAAGUGGUCAGAUAUUGCUUAUAAUUUUCUCGUUGGUGGCGAUGGAUACGUAUAUGUUGGUCGCAGUUGGGAUUACAUGGGUGCUCAUUCUUUUGGAUUCAAUAACAGAAGCAUAGGUAUUUCUUUUAUCGGAACGUUCAACACCGUAGUGCCACCUAAAAGUCAACUAGAUGCUGCACAACGAAUUAUCGAAUUGGGCGUAGAAAAUGGUAAAAUUGCGCCGAAUUAUAAAUUAUUAGGACAUCGACAAGUUUCUCGGACUUUAAGUCCGGGUGAUGCGCUAUACAGUGUUAUUCAAACUUGGCCCCAUUGGUCACCAAAGUAAAAUAUAUUUUUCUUUAUAUAAUAUAUAAACAGUAAUAUCUCGAAUUUAUUAGUUUAUGUUUAGUGUUUGAAAUUCAGAUGGAUAUUUGUAUAAGUUUCGAAUAAUAUCUCUGUUUGCAUUCAUGUCUUGUAAUAAUUUAAUAUGUAAUUUUACUGAUAAAAUUUAAACUUGUGUUUUAUACAAUUUUAUUAUAAAUUGAUCUGCAUAUAUUUAAAUUACCUAAUAUAAUUUUAAAUAAAGUAUGAAAGUAUGAGUCACUCUCUAAAUUGAAAAAACAUUUAAUAUCUCAUUUCAUAUUUUCUACUGUAAAUAUACGUAUAUUUUUUUUCGUAAAUCGUUUGUAAGUGUAUUAAAAAAAAUAAUGUAUAUACUGUGAAAAUAAAGAAUACAAAAAUAUGAUAAUAUCAAAUUUCUUAUUUUUUCUAUAUUUAUCAAGACUGUUUUAA